GGAAGGUCAUCUGCGCGUUUUGCUCUCGGCGUAUUGAGCGCCCAUUGGCGUACUCGGUGUCUUAUUUCCCGUCUUUGGUGUGUCGUGUUGCCUGAGUAACUUGCGAAGGCUUGAUGGACUCGCCCUCCUGCAGCUGCGCUAUUUCCCCGUCAUGCGAUGAGGCAGACCCGGAAAGCAGAACUGUACUCAACCGGCGCGACUCCCUUAUCGUGCUCGCUUGCGACACGAAAUACAAUCACGUCGACGCACUUCGGAAGCUGAUGCGGCGCGAUUCACGGUUUGCGUGGGUGGACCUUUCGAGCUGUAAUGACGUCCGUCACGCACAGAUUUUUGUUCGACAGAGAGGCGCGACAGCGGCGGGAUGGACCGAAGACGACGCGCAACUACGUGCACUGUUGGAGUCCGACAGCAUCCCGCAGUACGUGUGGCCCGCAGCAGGCUAUCUGCAACAGUGGAUUCGCGCUCAUCGCAGCACCUUUGCAAGCAAGACUAUUUUGGAGCUCGGGUGUGGGACGGGCAUUAUUGGCCUCACGGUGGCUCAGUACGCCAAGCUGGUCGUUCUUACCGACUGCUCUGCCGUGUCACUUGCCAUGACACUGGAGUCCCUCGCACGCAACAACGUCUGCAACUGCAGCGUUGCAGCACUGUCGUGGGGCCGAGAGGAUCAGAUGGCACACGUUAAAAAAGUCUGUCACGUUGACGGCUUCGACGUGGUGAUCGGAAGCGACGUCUUUUACUUCAGUAGCGCAAUGAAGAGUGGCCUGGCAACAGUGCGAAGCGCUUUUGCCCCCACAAACAACCGCGCCGCCAUUUUUCUCUGCGGCAGCGUUGCUCGCUCAGAACGCAUGGAGGCUGAGCUCGAUGAAGUACCGAUCCAAGAGGGUUUUGAGUUGACCGAUUUUGUCGCCCAAGAUUCUUUUCGACUUUACUGUUGGAAGCUAGCGGCUCGGUGA